UAAACUGGCUCUCAGUUAGUUAACCAUUUCCAAAUGUCUGACUGACAUGAACAAACCACCCGAAUAGAGUUUUCGAGGAAAAGCCACAAAGCCAAUAGCCAAUAGCCAAUAACGAAGUGCAGGAAGUGAGUCCAAGUGAUUCCAAUGGCUCGCCUCACAGCAUUGGGCAUAGCCGUAUUACUCCAUUCGGUGAUGGGCGUCUCGUACUACUUUCUGCUGGGCAAAUGCUCACCGGCUCCAAUGCUGGGCUGUUGGCUCUUCUCGGCCUGCAUUGUGACCGUAUUGCAAGCGAUUCAUAUAUUUCCCGAUUGGUGGUACACCAACUAUUCGGCAACUCUCUUUGAACUGACCACGGAGACAUUGGUAUGCUGCCUCACAUUGGAUCUGAUGCUAACGAAACUUUGGUGCCGCAUCGAGGGACUAUGUCACUGUGCCAUUGUCGGCAUACUGCAGCCCUUGAUCACCGAAGAUGACACCUAUGCGGCAUGGGAAUAUUGGUUACUUGGCCUCACCACAAGUGUGAUCGGUGCUUGCCUCCUAUGGUUCACCCUAUGGGCCACUGCCUUGCCCGCCAAGAUGUGGCAUGGCUUUGUCGUGUGGCGUCAGCGUAUAACAAGUUUGAUUGAUGGGAAACUCAGUCAAUUGGUAUUUGCUCAGCGGGAGAGUACCAGAAGUUAUCACUGCAGUCGGCAAAGUGAAGUAACCCUGGCUGGCUAACAAUGAAAAUUACAAAAUUCAAGUAAAUAAUUACCAAAUAUAGUAAGCGAAAAGCAAUCUCUAAGAUUCCAGUUGUUAACUUUUCAGUGUGGCUUUUCUAAGAAUAAAUUUUUUGUUUUAAAAUCUA